GCCCAACAGCAACGCACCGUCCCCAGACAGAACCCGAGCCCGAACGGAAAAGAGCUGCCCCCGAACCAGAACGCCAGGAAGCACAAAGGCUCUCUCCCUCCCCCCACCCACCUACUAAAAUCCCCUCUCCGACUCCGGCGAUUCUGAUCUGCAGAUCCCUCGCUCGCUCGCUCCGGCCGCUCGUCCACCGCCGGGAUUUCGAGUGCUGAGCUGCUCCAGCAUCCAACCGCACCGCCUGGAAACUUUCAUGGGUGUGGAGUGAGAUCGAGAGCGGGGACCGUGAAUUCCUACGAGGGUCGCCAUUCGGCUUGCGCGUCUGCAUGAACUGUUUCGUCAAUCUGGGACUCAACUCCAACUCCAACCACUACGUCGCCUGCCUCCUCAUCUUCCUGCUGCAUUUCUCCCCGCAGCCGCUGCUGAUAAAUCACCCCAAUUCCAAUUCAAGUAGAAGUAAUCGUCAAGAAGGACAAUCCAAUCUCAGUAGUAGUAAUCGUUAAGGGGGAAAAACAGAGCUCAACGAAUGGCGAACAACAACAGCUCAUACGGUGAAAAUGUCAGUAGAAAAUCCCACACGCCUUCAGCUAUUGUUAUUGGUGGUGGGUUUGCAGGCAUUGCUGCUGCAAAUGCGCUCAGGAAUGCGUCCUUCGAGGUCGUUCUUCUGGAAUCCCGUGACCGGAUAGGUGGCCGAGUUCACACUGACUACUCUUUUGGGUUUCCUGUUGAUCUUGGGGCAUCUUGGCUUCAUGGUGUUUGUGAAGAAAAUCCCCUGGCACCGAUCAUUGGAAGACUUGGGCUUCCACUGUACCGCACCAGUGGAGAUGACUCUGUCCUUUUUGAUCAUGAUCUCGAGAGUUAUGCACUUUAUGAUACUAAUGGAUCUCAAGUCCCACAAGAGUUUGUAGAAAAGAUAGGGAAAGUGUUUGAGGCUAUAUUGGAAGAGACUGGCAAAUUAAGGGAAGAAAUGAAGGAAGAUAUUUCUAUAGCUAAGGCCAUUGCAAUUGUUUUGGAGAGGAAUCCACACUUGAGGCAAGAAGGGAUUGCACAUGAUGUUCUCCAGUGGUAUUUGUGCCGCAUGGAGGGUUGGUUUGCUACUGAUGCGGAUGCCAUCUCGCUCCAGUGUUGGGACCAGGAAGUUCUUCUUCCUGGUGGCCAUGGUCUCAUGGUUCGUGGAUAUCGCCCAGUUAUAAAUACUUUGGCAAAAGGUCUAGAUAUACGCCUUGGUCAUAGGGUUGUUGAAAUUGUUCGGCACUGGAAUAGAGUAGAGGUUACUGUAAGCAAUGGCAAAACAUUUGUUGCGGAUGCUGCAGUCAUCACUGUUCCCUUGGGUGUUCUUAAAUCAAACACCAUUAAGUUUGAGCCAAGGCUCCCGGAGUGGAAGGAGGAAGCAAUAAGAGAACUGUCAGUUGGGGUCGAAAACAAAAUAGUUCUCCACUUCAGUGAGGUUUUCUGGCCUAACGUGGAGUUCCUCGGAGUAGUUUCAUCCACCACAUAUGGCUGCAGCUAUUUCCUCAACCUUCACAAGGCAACAGGGCAUGCUGUUCUUGUUUACAUGCCUGCAGGCCGGCUUGCUUGUGACAUUGAAAAGAUGUCGGAUGAGGCCGCGGCUCAAUUUGCGUUUUCACAGUUGAAGAAGAUCCUCCCUAAUGCAGCUGAGCCGCUUAACUACCUAGUGUCACACUGGGGCUCAGACGAGAACACGCUUGGCUCCUACACCUUUGAUGGUGUGGGCAAGCCGCGCGACCUGUACGAGAAGCUCCGCAUCCCUGUCGACAAUCUAUUCUUUGCGGGGGAGGCCACGAGCGUACAGUACACGGGCACGGUGCACGGCGCCUUCUCCACGGGGGAGAUGGCAGCCGAGGAGUGCCGGAUGAGGGUCCUGGAGAAGUUCAGGGAGCUGGACAUGCUGGAGAUGUGCCACCCGAUGGCCGAGCAAACGGCCACCGUCUCCGUCCCGCUGCUCAUCUCCCGGCUGUAAACAGUCCCGCCCCUAAACUAUCUAUCUAUUGUCGCGGCGGGUUCGCCGGCCGUUCAUUCCAGUGAUUGCUCGAGGAAGGCAGCGUGGGAGCAAUCUAUCCUUGCUCUUCCUCGUGGCAUGAGGCGUGUGGUCGUGUGACCCUGUGGUUUGCUGAAUAAACUUACUGUUGGGUAAUAAAAAUUUGUGGGCGUCGGUAUGUAUACUGUCAGCGUGAUGUGGGGGGUUUGUGCUUGGUAAGGAGCUACGGCCUACUUGACCAUCUUUGUAGGGCAGAGUUGGUGGUGUAGUAUGUGUGAUGGAACACUGUAAUUUUACUACAUUUGACAUUCUUAAUAUUGGUGAUGAUGGCAGAUUA